AUGGUUCUACACUUGUUGGGCAAAAAGUCUUGGAACGUUUACAAUCGAGACAACGUCGAUCGCGUGCGUCGAGAUGAAGCCGCCGCCCAAGCCAGAGAGGAAGAGGAUGAAAGACGCAUGCAGGAAGAAGAUGCCGCUCGUCGGACUGCAAUCCUGAGAGGUGAGGUGCCGCCACCAACAACAAGGGCAUCACCACCUGGAGAAAGCGAUCGUACCCGCCGGCCUCGACACGGUGAUGAUGGUCGGGAUCGCAAACGAAGGCGUUUGAGAGGCGAGGAUGAUACCGACAGAGAAAUGAGGAUUGCCAGAGAAGACGCCGCUACUGGAGCUGCUGCCCGUGAAAAGCUAAGCAACAGCGACAAAAGCAGGCAUGAAGAUGAUGUGUCAUUGACAGAUCACGCUGGUCAUAUCCAACUCUUCGCAGCGCCUAACGAGCGUGCUUUGUUGGCUGAUUCUCGCAAUGCCGAAGCAGAAGCUGACAAGGCAAAGAAGGCUCGUGAGUUUGAAGAUCAGUACACCAUACGCUUCUCAAAUGCGGCCGGAUUCAAGCAGUCGACAUCCUCGGCACCAUGGUAUGUUUCGUCCUCCAAACAAGGUACCGAUACCCGAGAACCCAGUAAGGAUGUCUGGGGGAAUGAAGACCCAAGUCGUAGGGACAGGGAGCAAACAAGGUUGACUUCCAACGAUCCCAUGGCAUUCAUGCGCAAUGCACAGACACAGCUCAAGCAGGCUGAGACGGACAGGGAGAAAUGGAAGAUGCAGAAGGAACGCGAAUUGAGAGAGCUAGAACAAGCUCAGAGAGAAGACAGGCGAAGGAGGAGAGAGCGUCGACACAAACGUGAUCGCAAAGAACGAAACAUGACCGGAAAGAAGAAACGCGCAGCCGUGGCGACAAGGGAGACUCGAACAGGCGGCAUAGGAGCCGAAGUCGAGAUGGAGAUCACAGACACCGUUCUUCGCACCGUGUAUCACGUCAAUCACUUCGGCGACGGUCAAGGAGCCCCAUUGGAAGAUCCAACAAAUGAACCUGAUGCAUGA